AUGGCCACUCCAUCGUCCGACAAGAAAGCGCAGAAGCAACCGCAGGGUGAGGUGCCUGUAGGGCCGAAGAACGAGGUCGCCUCUGCCCCUGGUGACGCCCAUGGGGUCAGCAACCCCGAUCCUGGUGCCUCGGUCCCCUCAGUCUUGAGCGGUCUUUCUCCAUCGGGUGGUGGCGCCCCACACAGCGGCACAGCAGGUUCCUCUGCCUCCACCCUGGCUGCUGUCGGCGCCAUUUCGAUCAACGGCGAGGGCCCGGGGCUGCCCUCCACAGCCCGUGUGCAGGAGAGGGAGUGUGCUGACCUCCAGGGUGGCCGCAGUCCCCACGCCGAGCUGAGAUGUGUUGUGCCCGGAGUGGGCCAAGGUCUCCAGGCCUCACACGCAGGUGGCGUGGGCGCCGUGGUGCAAGCCAUGAGGGGAGUUGGCCAGGCCAGCGGGCUUCCGACCCUGCCCACGAGCCUGGGGAAAGGCCGUGGGAGGAAGCAGCUCGGCCGCAAGGAGACUGCCCAGGCUCAGAAGCCUCCAGGGUGUCGCUGUCUGUUUCCUGGGCUUCUCGUGCCUCAGUGCCCCGUGCCUUCGCCGCCAUCUUCUCCGGGGCCUCAGCCCAGCGGCCGUCGCCGUUCUCGGGCUUCUCCAUGGGGUCAGGCAGCCCAGCCAGGCCCUGCCCUCCGAAGUCAGGCCGGAGCACCAGGCCCAGCUCUCCGCAGUCAAGCAGCCAGACCAGGCCUCGUCCUCAACAGCCGCGCCACCCCGCUAGGCACUGCCUUCGGUGGUCAUGCUUCCGGGUUGGUCUCUGCUCUUCGCAGCCGUACGUCGGCACCAGGCCCUUCUCGUCGCCGUGGUGUACCCGCGCCAGGCCCUGCUCAUCGCCCCGGUGCUUCCACGUCAGGCCCUGCUCUCCAGCGUCGCCGUGCAUCCACGCCAGGCUCUGCUGUCCCUCGCCGCCACGUGCCUGUGUCGGGCCCUGCUUUCCGCAGGCGCCGCUGUAGUUCCGCUCCGGGCCCAGCUCUCCGCAGCCGCCGCCGUGCUUCCGCGCCGGGCCCAGCUCUCCGCAGCCGCCGCCGUGCUUCCGCGCCGGGCCCAGCUCUCCGCAGCCGCCGCCGUGCUUCCGCGCCGGGCCCAGCUCUCCGCAGCCGCCGCCGUGCUUCCGCGCCGGGCCCAGCUCUCCGCAGCCGCCGCCGUGCUUCCGCGCCGGGCCCAGCUCUCCGCAGCCACACAUCCGCACCAGGUCCUACUUACGGCAACCGUGCAGCUGCUCCGGGUCCUGUUUUCCACAACCGUGCUUCCAGUCGCCGUGCAUCUGGGCUGGGCCCUGCUCUCAAUAACCACGCCAGCCCACCAGGCCCUGCUCUCCGCAGCCGUGCAUCGGGCUCAGGCCCUUACCUCCGAAGCCGAGCCAACCCUAUAGGCCCUGCCCUCCGCAGUGGCUGCCCGACUUCGGGCUUUGUCCUCCGGAGCCGCACCAUCGAAAGGUCAUCCCCUAGAAGCCUCGCCUCUCUACCUGUGCCUACUAGCCUGAGUCCUCCUUCUUCCCCUGGGGUAGCCUUACGAAGGCUGGUCUGCCAGAGCCCCUCAAGCUCUCCUAAUCCUGAGGUCCCAAGCGUUGAUGCCCAGCCCCGUUGGCAUGCAGUCCGUAUGCGAGCCUCAUCUCCCUCUCCUCCUGUUGUUCUUCUGGAGACAGCUGACCCAAGUCGUUUCUUCCCCACUCACGGAAGUUUUUUUUCUUCAGCGCCUUUUCUAAGUGACAAUUUAGCUGUCGCUCAGUCCUUCACAUUCUCACAUGCAGAAACCAGGUGGAAUGAGAAGUCAGAUGAGUGUGUUGGAAAAGGGGUUGAAAAUUGGCAAACUGAAUCAGUAAGAGACGCAAAAGAAACCUAG